UGCAGACAGACUGCAGACAAAAGUAAUCUCUUUAAGCAGAGAGACCAGAGGUUUGAAAAGUGCUCAUAGGUAAAUAAAUUUAAAAAAAAUUCGGUUAGUGAGAGAAAAAAACCUGCAAGCGAGUACGACAAAAGCAAGCCACAGACACCUCAGGUGUAGAAAACUAAAGAGAAGUCAUGGGAAACAGGACUUUUAUAAAAUGCUGUGCUGCAUAUCCCUGUCUUUUCUUUGGACUGCUAUAUUUGUAUUGUUCUGAGGGUGUUGUGGGACAGAACUCGCAGGAGCAGGAUUUUGUGUGCAACAAUGAGGGAUGCUAUUCGAUUCACCUCCAUCGCAAGACCUUCCGUGAGUCCUGGAGGAGCUGCAAGGCGAAAGGGGGGAACCUGGCUACCAUUAAACGACCAGAAGAGGCAUCCUUGAUCCAUGAGCUCCUAACUUCAGGGGUGAGACGUGGCCCUCGGCCCAGAAUCAGGCUGUGGAUUGGCCUCCAGCGUCAGCCCCGACAGUGCUCUGCCACUCGUCCGCUGAGGGGUUUCACCUGGAUCACUGGAGACCAGGAGACACAGUAUACAAACUGGCAACGCAAUGACUUAUCCAGUGCUUGUGCUGCUCUUCGCUGUGUGGUCAUUACUUACAACACUGCAGACAAAAGUGGCAGUGACCAUAACAACUUUAAAUGGCUGGAAGGCUCAUGUACAGUGGCCGUGGAAGGUUUCCUUUGCCGCUACACCUAUCAAGGGAUGUGCCCAGCUCUUCAAAAAGAAGGAGAGGGGUCUGUGAUGUACACAACCCCAUAUAACCUUGUCAGCACUGUUCUAACUCACAUCCCCUUCGGCUCUGUGGCCACUGUCUCCUGUCCGGACAGCGAGAAGGAAGACCAGUCAGUGCUGUGCAUGCUGAGAGAAGAUGGCAGUGUUGGCUGGUCUAAGGAUGCACCACUCUGCAUGGACACACAAAGGGACUGGUGCAAACAGGAUAACGGAGGGUGUGAGCACUUGUGUGUGAGUAUGGAUACCCAUUACUACUGUGAGUGCUCUGAGAAUUAUGAGCUGGGAGAUGAUGGAAAGACCUGCCAGCUCUCAGACCCCUGCCAUAGUGCCAACUGUGAGUUUGAGUGCGAGCCCACUCUUCAGGGACACCGCUGCAAGUGCCCAGAGGGAUACCUCCUAUCUGGUGAUGGUCAUAACUGUCUUGAUAUAGAUGAGUGCUUGCAGAAACCAUGCCCACAGGUCUGUGUAAAUUCACCUGGUACAUUUGAGUGUAGAUGCCAUGAGGGAUAUCAGCCAUCUGAGUUUGGAGAAUGCAUGGACGUGGAUGAGUGCAUGGAAGGAAAUUGUGAACAUCUGUGUGAGAACUUGCCUGGUUCCUACAUGUGCCGCUGCCAUGAGGGAUUCUCUCAACUCCCUGAAGAUCCAGAUCGUUGUGGAGACACUGAUGAGUGUAAAAUUCCAAACAUUUGUGAUCAGUUGUGCAGAAAUUACGAAGGUGGAUUUGAGUGUCUUUGUGAGGAGGGCUAUUUGUUGCAAGAGGACCACUACUACUGUCGGCCAAUUGAAGAAGCUGUUGAACACUUGACAGUUGAACCAGCAGAUACAACAAUAAAUAAUCCCAGCUUACUUCCUGAUCUGGUGACCGAUGCCAGUCCUCUGGAGUGGCUAACAGAUUCCCCAAAUAUAGAGUGGCUUCCGACUUACCUGAGCUGGUUUACAGAGAUGACACAGGAAGGAGAUGUAACCACACAGGAACCUGAUUUAAAUGAGAAUGCAUCCUCCAAUUCACCUUCAUCUGAUGUUUUGAUGGAUACAACACCUUUAGCACAUGCUGAUUCCAAUGAAGAGGAUGCAAUACUGUGGUUGAAUGAGGGGGAAAUAUCCAUAGCCACUGGAGACAAUAGACCCUCAAUGUCUUUAACACCACUGCCAAAGAGAAAAGACCAUUAUAUCAUGCUUACUCCUGCAGCAUCACAAAAGCCAGAAGGUACAUUGGCAUCCGCAUCAGGGACAGAACAGCGCCCGGGUGAAAGAAAGAAGCAUGACAAAAGCUGGCUGCUUGUAGCACUCCUAGUGCCGCUCUGUGUCUUUAUUGUGGUUAUGUUAGCACUAGGCAUUGUAUAUUGCACUAGUUGUGCUGUAGAGACACGGAACAAAGGUGUGACAUACUGUUUCCACUGGACAACCACCUCCAAGCCUGAAAAAAUAAACACUGCAAAAUCUUGAGUUUGAGUAAUGUACGGUUAACAUUACUUUUUAAAAAGCAGCAAUGACCCUGGACUUUGUCAAACUGUUAUGGUGUGAUCACACUGAUUUCCCUUUGGUAUUCUGUAGAUCCUGUGGAGCUAAAUAGUCUCUUAGAGGCACAAUUUAACAUUCUGAUAUUGUUUUCAGAAAAUGUUUCAAAAUGGGGUUUAAAAACAUCAACAGUUCCUUUCUAAUGCAAUUGGAGCAGAAACACCCAAUGCAAAAAUGCCAAUAUGUGUUGUGCUGCAUAGAAAUGUGCAACGGAAAUUUGAUAGAAAGUGGGACAUAGCUGCCUGUUUAACAAGUCUAUCUGUUUAGAGGUCUGUUUCAAUAGAAUUUAGCAUGCAACCCUUUGUUACUAAAGAAUAAGAAUUUUAAUAAAGCCUGCAAUUUGAAAUCAAAUGGAUAGCAACAUAGCAGCUGUAUAUUCAUUGAAGGCACACAGGUUAUGCUACAGCACCCCCAAUAGUGAGGUAUGUAACGACAACCAUUCCUAUAGACCCUGGGCUUUUCAGUCAUCAAAACGUCUAUGCAUUAGAGAAUAAACAGAUCUGCUUAAGUGAUGAUGAUUAAGUAGAGAUGCAUCUACUUAAGUGACAAUGCAUGUUGUUUAUUUAAUGGCAACUACAACCUCUGGAUCAAGUAUACAGCAACAUUGUUAUUGAUACCUGUUUUACCUGAAAUCACUUUCAUUUUGGAAUUUUGACAAUUAAGGCAGAUAUCUCUGUAUUCUAGCUCAAUAUUCUCAAGUUAAAUGUGUUUUCAAAAUAAAAAAAAAGUUGUUGCUAAA